GCUCGGGUGGCCCCUCUCUCUCUCUCCCCCUCUCCCUCUCCCUUCCCCGAGGCUAUGUCCACCCAGUGCGGCGAGGGAGGCAGCGCCAGAGGCUCGCAGCCGCGCGGGGGCUACGGAGCCCGGAGCCAGCCCUGCAAGAUGCACUUAGGACCCCCGCGGCCGGAAGAAUGAGCCUGUCCUUGCUCUUCCUCAUCUUCUGCAGCCACCUGAUCCUCAGCGCUCCGGCUCAAGGGGAGAAGCGUCUCACUCCCGAAGGGCAACCCGCGCCUCCUAGGAACCCGGGAGACUCCAGCGGCAGCCGGGGCAGAAGUAGCGCGACGUUUGCUUCGUCUUCUGCCUCUUCCCCAGUCGCAGCUUCUCCGGGCAGCCAAGGAAGCGGCUCGGAGCACAGCAGUUUCCAGUGGAGCCCUUCGGGGCGCCGGACCGGCAGCCUGUACUGCAGAGUGGGCAUCGGUUUCCAUCUGCAGAUCUACCCGGAUGGCAAAGUCAAUGGAUCCCACGAAGCCAGUGUGUUAAGUAUUUUGGAAAUAUUUGCUGUGUCUCAGGGGAUUGUAGGAAUACGAGGAGUUUUCAGCAACAAAUUUUUAGCGAUGUCAAAAAAAGGAAAACUCCAUGCAAGUGCCAAAUUUACAGAUGACUGUAAGUUCAGGGAGAGAUUCCAAGAAAACAGCUAUAAUACCUAUGCGUCAGCGAUUCACAGAACUGAAAAGACAGGCCGGGAGUGGUAUGUGGCCCUGAACAAGAGAGGGAAAGCCAAAAGAGGCUGCAGCCCACGGGUCAAACCCCAGCACGUCUCCACCCACUUCCUACCCAGGUUCAAGCAGUCCGAGCAACCGGAACUUUCCUUCACCGUCACUGUUCCAGAAAAGAAAAAGCCACCCAGCCCCGUGAAACCAAAGGUUCCCCUGUCGCCACCUCGCAGAAGCCCCAGCCCAGUGAAGUACAGACUGAAGUUUCGCUUUGGAUGAUGCUCGCCCGGAGCCUUGUGGGAAACCACUCUUCUCCUCAGGACCUUCUGCAGGCAUCCUCGGAGCCCUGAAGGAAAUUUCGGACACAGUGUCCAUCCGCUGUGCUUGCACGAGUGGAAGUCAGGUCACUUGUUCUGCUUUGACUGGAACUAAACUGCUUUCUAAAUUUUAAAUAGAAACAGAAGUGGGAUUCUCCGUAGCGAUCCAGGGAGCACAUCCCUACGGAUCACUAAGGUUAUAAAGGCUGCGAGAUUAGAGGAUGUUUAGCAUCAUGGAUUUUCAGACCGUUCAAUACCCCGGACUGUGUAUUUUUCUGACUUUUACAGAUCAACCGGGAAGAACACACAUGAUACAUUUUUAUUUUUGUUCUCCAAAGAAUAUUUUGAUGCAGAUAAAAUAUUUUAUAAACUUUUGGGUUUUUUUUUUUAAGGUACCUCAACAUUGAGCAUACUUUCUUACUUCUAUUAUUUUAAUUAACGUGACACAAGCAGUUGGUUUGUUGCCGUUCGCCGAUUGUAAACAUUUUGGUAGCUUGUGUGGUAGGAUCUGGAUCUCCUUCGAGUUUUUCUCUCUCUACAGCAUUGUUUACUUUAUUUUAGCGAUACCUCAAAUCGUAUAGGUUUAGUUCUACGUUUUAAGACUUUUUUAGAAAAUGUGCUUUCAAAGCGCCAGAGGCUCGGCGUGGAGGUGUGUUAUUUGUGUAUAAAGUCAUGGCAUUCUACGUGGAAUCUGGCCACGUUAGCGGCUGGGCUCUCGAUUGGAAGGACGAAAAUUUGAGGACGUUUUGAUGGAUUGAAAGGUUGGGUAUAAAGAAGGACGGAGGCAAACACAGGCUGAGUGUGAAGCUUUGGCUGAGAUUUGACUCUGUCUUUGGCUUCCUCUCCUUUUAUGUGUGCCCCUCCCCCCCGCCCUGUCCUCAUUCAAGAACAGCUGGAAGAAUAAGUUUUAUUCUGUCCGUCAAGCAUACACUAUGAAACUGGAGGAAACUGGAGUGCUUAAAAGUACUUCUACGACUCCCAGUCAUCCUUACUGUAUGAACCCACAGGGAGCAGCUAAUCAGGAUGCGCGCAUGUGUGUGUGUGUGUGUGUGUGUGUGUGUGUGUGUGUGUGUGUGUGUGUAGCUGAAGGAGAAGAAUCACUAACCAGGUUUUCACGUCAAGUCUCAUGCUCAAGCACACUUCUAUUAUUCAGUCAAAUACCUGUUGAGCUUUCUAUCCUAAAGGUCACGACCUCGAUGAGUGGGUCCGCUCUGCUCUAAGAAAACCUGACACGCCCCAGAAGCAUCUCGUGAUGCAGGAGCUUAAUUUGGGAAUUUGAUGAACUGAGAAUGACACUUCAUCCUCAACUGGAAUUCCAAACGCUGGGUGGACUUCACAAAUAGUUUAACUUAUGAAGAGUUACUAAAUUUAUUUUCUUGGAUAAUCAUUUUUUUUAUGGAGAUCUAUGGAGUAUAAGUGUUCACCUUAUGUUCCUAAGUGUUGCAAUAAAGACUCAGAGGUGACCAUUA